AUGUCAAGCCUUCAGAGGUUUGGUGGCUGCCCUCUCUCCUGCGUCAACCCCGGGGAGAGCAAUACUGAACCCAGCGUGGUGCUGCCACCUUUGGCAGGGGAGCGCAUGGGACACCCCACUGGCAGUUCCUUAAAACUCUGCCCCUCGCACAAUUUGCGAGACUACCCCGAGACGAGGUCCAGUGCAUAUGUUGACCAUUCGGUGCCCACUUUUUCAGACUCUGGAUACCCCAGCCACCGGUUAGAGCACAGCCCUCGGGGCAUUCUCAUUGGAGCCAAUUUUUCUGGAGCCGCUAUGCCACCCGUCACUGAUCAACUGGCAUCACGAUCUAACCAACAUGGCGGGAUUGGAAGGUAUCGCGACUUCCAUGGCUGCAGAGACAACAGGAGCCAUGCUUUUUUUUACCAGGAGCAGGCCCACGCCUCCACGGACGUGUCUCGAGACCUCGGCAGCCAGAUGAUGCUGGGUCUACCUGGCGACCUCCUCACCCGGACUCAUCCCUAUGGGCAAGGCAUCAACCCCAAGGGAAGCAGCCAGCAGCAGCAGCUCGUCAGCCAGUUCCUGGGUCUGUACAAGCCCCUGAACAUGGCGAUCCAGCAUGGAGGAGGCGACGCGUUCCUCAGGUGCUCCAAGCAAACAGUGAAGCACGAGCUGGUGUGCAAGUGGAGUGACGGCCAUGAGGGGGCCGGGAAGCUGCCUUGCUCCAGAGCCUACGGGACCAUGUAUGAACUUGUCACCCAUGUGACAGUGGAGCACGUCGGAGGACCCGAGCACGCCGAGUACGUGUGUCAGUGGGAGAACUGUGCGCGGGACAGGAAGCCUUUCAAAGCCAAAUACAAGCUGGUGAACCACGUCAGAGUGCACACAGGGGAGAAGCCCUUCCCGUGCCCCUUUCACGGCUGCGAGAAAGUGUUUGCAAGAUCAGAGAAUUUAAAGAUCCACAAGAGGACCCACACAGGUGAAAAACCUUUUAAAUGUGAGUUCGAGGGCUGCAGCCGGAGGUUUGCGAACAGCAGCGACCGAAAGAAGCACUCUCACGUGCACUCCAGCGACAAGCCCUACAUUUGCAAGGUCACGGGCUGCGACAAGUGCUACACCCACCCGAGCUCCCUGCGCAAGCACAUGAAGCUCCACUCCAUCAAGGCCAAAUGCGAGGACGCGAGUCCCGGUGACGCGGAGGCCGAGUCCACCCGCGUCCCGGACGGAGCGCAGAGCAGCCCCUGUCACCCCCCAUCCUCCACCCAAGACGUCCCCAUGUCCCCUGAGAGUCGAGACCAGUCGACCCCGAGGUCACGUUUCCAUCACACGUUUGACAGCAGUUUUGACUACUCCGCGCACAGGUCACAGCCCCUGCUGGAGCCUCUGCUGCUGCAGAGGGGCGGCUACAGGUCCCAGUCCUCCCAGUACCCCUGCGGACAGACGGCGCACACUUUCGCGCAGAACCCCAGGACUUUCCCCUCCACCUCUCCCUUCCAGAAGAGUAUUGUCAAUGGAUGGUACACAUGUCACAGCGGCGUGGACUCAUUCCCACCGAAGCAGUGCAACGACAUCCCGUCUCUCUGA